CUAACAUGAGUGGACUUCCAUGUAUUUCAUACCUUACGAUUGUUGUGGAAACAAUGUCAUUAUGACAUUAUAUAUAGUCCCUUUCCAUUGGCUUCAUUUCAUCCUUGAUAUAGAACCUUCAUAAACUCUUAUCACCAUGCCGAUAUCCCAGCCUCUUGUACCCAAAUAUCUAAAACAAGAUGAACUCACACAGGAAUGUAAGGACUUACUUUCCACCCUUCCAACUGAAAAGGGAUGGGUUGCUUCAACCUUCUAUAAAUAUCAAGGUUUUUGGCAUCCUUGCAGGCAUUUGCAAGGAAUCCUUUCAUGUCAAAAACACUUUCAGGCUCAAGACACUGAUAUCAUUCUUGUUACCACACCCAAAUCAGGCACUACCUGGUUAAAAGCCAUAUUGUUCACCCUACUGAACCGCACCCGUUUCCCCAUAUCCCAAACGAACCAUCCAUUACUGUCAAACAACCCUCAUGUCCUGGUGCCUUUCUUGGAGAUUAAGCUCUACCUUGAACAUGAGAACCCAGAUGUCUCAUCCAUCAUGUCACCAAGACUUUUUUCCACUCACAUGCCUAAUGUCUCUCUACCAAAAUCUGUCCAUGAUUCUAAAUGCAAGCUUGUUUACCUAUGUAGAAACCCUAAGGAUACUCUAACAUCUCUUUGGUCUUUCACAAACAAGUUACGGCUACAGGAAAUGGGAACCAAUUCACUAGAAGAAGCUUUUGAGAGAUUCUGUGGAGGAGUUAGCAUGUAUGGGCCCUUUUGGGAUCAUGUUCUAGGUUACUGGGAAGAAAGCUUGAAGAAUCCAGAAAAAGUGUUAUUUCUGAAAUAUGAGGAGAUAAAAGAGCAGCCAAAGCAUUAUCUGGAGAAACUAGCAUGCUUUUUGGGGUGUCCAUUUUCCUUAAAAGAAAAGAAAGAAGGAGUUGUUGAUGACAUUUUGGAAAUUUGUAGCUUUGAUCAUCUGAGUAAACUACAAGUGAACAUGGAAGGAAAGCUUCCAUCUGGCGAAAACUGCAAUCUUUUUUUCCGAAAAGGAGAAGUUGGUGACUCCAAAAACUAUUUUUCACCGGAAAUGGAAGAGAGGCUUGACAAGAUCAGUAAGGAGAAGUUAGAUGGGUCAGGAUUAAUGUUUUAGUAUUUGUAUGUUUGUUUGUUCUUAAAUUUUUCUUUGUGUUUUCAAGGUUUGCAUUAUCGGUGAUAUACUGAUAUCAAUGUAUCUUCAAUUUGUCUUAAACCAAUCAACUUAAAAUAAUUAUUUGUUUGCUA